UUCAAACUAAAAAUGGCGAUAGGUUAUCAUGUUUUGACCGGUAUAGUAAUGAUCCUUGUCAUAUCAGGAGAACUAGUUCCAGGGAAAGGGACGUGCCAAGGAGACAUCCAAGGUCUGAUGAGAGAGUGUGCGGUCUAUGUCCAGCGUCCAGGUCCAAAGGUAAACCCUUCCGCAGCAUGCUGCAAAGUUGUUAAGAGAUCAGACAUACAUUGCGCAUGUGGUCAUAUUACAGCCUCAGUCCAGAAAAUGAUAGACAUGGAUAAGGUUGUUCAUGUUACUGCCUUUUGUGGCAAACCUCUCGCUCAUGGUACCAAGUGUGGAAGUUACGUUGUACCAUGAGACUUGUGACCAGAACUUAGCCAACAGUUUGUGGAAUUAAUUGUUUGUGCUUGGGGCAUUACUAGUCCCCACUUAAAUCUACUCUUGUAAUCUCUCUAUCUACAUUGAAUAAACCAUGAUCUGGAUUAGUUGACCAAUAUUGGACCCGUAGUAUCAACCAUAUUGUUAAAACAUCAUAUAAACUAAGCCUUUAUUAGUUGAGAAACGUUAUAACAUGUGACAUCACCACAAUGAUUCUUAGACUUUAGAGAAAUAUGUUGGUUCAUCUAAAUAUAUACAAUAUUUUUCACUAAACAAACCAUAAAAUUAAUUAUGAAUAUACAAAAAAU